AUGCGCGCGCCGCCACUCGUCCUCCUCACGCUGCUGCCCAGCUGCGCGGCGCUCUCGCCGCCACGGCCAUGCCUCCUCGCGGCGGCGCGCGGCCCAGCUCAGCAGCAGCCGCCGCCGGCUCCGACACCGGCCUCUGCCUACUCGGACGACAACAUGCCGAUGCCCAUCACCUUCCGGGCGGUCGCAGCGGUCGCGUUUGCCGACCUCCUCGUCUACCUCCUUCUACCGGAGGGCGAGCGCUUCGGGCCGCUGGCCAGGAGGCUCCCGCGCGUCACCUGGUCGAUGCUGACGGUCCUCUUCAGCUUGCUCACCGACUCGGGCACGCAGCCGUGGCUCGCCCUGCUCCUCUCGCUGCUGCUCGCCUCGUCCGCCGCGACCGACCUGCUCUGGUGGUUGCCGUACUACAUGUUGACCGUCGAGUGGGAGACUUGCUCGGGCGGCUUGUUCACGAAGCGGGUGUGCCACCCGCACCAGCCGUGGGACCGCUUCCUCCUGUUUGCGCUGUGCCUGGCGACGGGCGUCUUCUACACGCUCGCGGCGAUCCACUCCUUCGGCGCCUUCCAGUUCAUGCGCGAGGAGGAGGCGGAGCGGCGCAUGCGGCGGAGCUUCGCCUCGGCGCUGGAGGCGGGACGAACGCAGGGGUAG